CGGCCGGCCCCGCGGGGCGGCCUGCGGGGGCGGCGCAGUUGCGAAACUGAGUGCCUGUGUAGCUCCUCCUAGAAUACCUGUCUGGUGCUCUCCCCUUCCUCAAGGCCACCUCACACUGCUCCCACCUGGGGACUCCAGCACAGCAAGGUACUUUGAAGAUUCAGAUUUGAGGUUGAAGAAAGGAAGACGCAUUUGGGGACUGAUCUGCGCCCUCUAGACUUCUUCUCUAGGCUGACUACACAGACUCUGCCUUUUCCGUGUUUUCAUGGCCAGAGACAUGACCUGACGCCUUGAUGACCAGUCUCAGGGCCCUUGGGUGACUGGCUGGGGCACCAUGGAACUUAAAGUAUGGGUGGACGGAGUUCAGAGGAUUGUUUGUGGGGUCACCGAAGUCACAACUUGCCAGGAAGUUGUCAUAGCCUUAGCUCAAGCGAUAGGUCGAACUGGAAGGUACACUCUUAUAGAAAAAUGGAGAGAUACUGAAAGACACUUAGCACCUCAUGAAAAUCCUAUCAUAUCCUUAAACAAAUGGGGGCAGUACGCUAGUGACGUACAGCUGAUUUUACGUCGAACGGGGCCGUCUCUCAGUGAGCGGCCCACGUCAGAUGGUGUGGCUCGAGUUCCUGAAAGAACUUUGUGCAGGCAGAGUUUGCCCCCCUUAGCUAAACUGAGGCCUCAGAUUGACAAAGCAAUCAAAAGGAGAGAGCCUAAAAGGAAAUCGUUAACAUUUACAGGAGGUGCCAAAGGGUUAAUGGACAUUUUUGGAAAAGGUAAAGAAACUGAAUUUAAGCAAAAGGUGCUGAAUAACUGCAAAACAACAGCAGAUGAGUUAAAGAAGCUGAUCCGUUUGCAGACAGAGAAGCUCCAAUCCAUUGAGAAAGAGCUAGAAUCAAACGAAAUAGAAAUACGAUUUUGGGAGCAAAAAUAUAACUCUAACCUUGAAGAAGAAAUUGUCCGCCUGGAGCAAAAGAUCAAAAGAAACGAUGUAGAAAUUGAAGAGGAGGAAUUUUGGGAAAAUGAAUUACAGAUUGAACAGGAAAAUGAAAAACAGCUGAAAGAUCAACUUCAAGAAAUAAGACAGAAAAUAACAGAAUGUGAGAGCAAAUUAAAGGACUAUUUGGGUCAAAUCCAGACUAUGGAAAGUGGUCUUGAAGCAGAAAAAUUGCAACGGGAAGUUCAAGAGGCACAGGUCAAUGAAGAAGAGGUUAAAGGAAAGAUCGGUAAGGUCAGAGGGGAAAUUGACAUCCAAGGCCAGCAGAGUCUGAGGCUGGAGAAUGGUAUUAAAGCUGUGGAAAGAUCUCUUGGACAAGCCACCAAACGAUUACAGGACAAAGAACAAGAAUUGGAGCAGCUGACCAAGGAGCUGCGGCAAGUCAACCUCCAGCAGUUUAUCCAGCAGACAGGGACGAAAGUCACCGUUUUGCCAGCGGAGCCCAUUGAAGUGGAGGCCUCGCAUGCAGACCUAGAAAGGGAGGCACCAUUCCAGUCGGGGUCUCUGAAGCGACCUGGUUCCUCUCGGCAGCUCCCCAGUAAUCUUCGUAUUCUACAGAACCCUAUCUCGUCUGGUUUUAAUCCUGAAGGCAUAUAUGUAUAACAUUAUCUGUCUUCAGGGGAGAGACCCAGUAAAGGUACCAAGGACAGUGAAAAUUCCUUCUUUGAUUUUGUGCCAAUGAUGAACAGAGGAUAUAUUUCACAAGCCACCGUAUCUUUUUUUCUGUCCUAAAUUGCAUACCACUUGGAGCCAUACCCUGUGCACUGAUGCUAAAGAACAAAGAAACUGUGUUUUCACACAUCCACAGUGUUGAUGUUUUUGUCCAGCAGCUGUAAUGCAAAGCCUUCAUUUUUAUUUGUAGCAUUUUGAGAGCAUUAGGAAAGUAUUAUACUGUGUGUAUACAUAAAUAAAACCGUGACUUCAGAAUGAAGAGAAA